GUCGUAGCCCUGAGCAGCCGGUUUAGUGAUUUCAUCGCUUCUGAACCGUUCAUUUGCUCGGCCAUUUUCGCCACACGCUUCACUCUCUCUCACCUUCUCUCGUUCUCAGACACGCGAACACUCAUUUUUCAGUAAUUUCUCUUCUUCUGCUCACACUCUUCUGUACUGCGUGAUUUGAAAGGCGAAUAAUAUGAAAUCAGGAUUUGGAAAGGUCAACAGAUUUGUCGCGCAAUUCGCUCGCAGAAGUGUUGGAAAUGACUCUUCCAUAGCAGCCUCCGAUUACAAGGCUGUGCCAGCACUUCUUCCAAAGCAUGGUCAAGAUGAAUUUGGUUCUGCUUGUUCGAAGUUCUCCAAAAUAUUUGCACUCUUUGGUGCAGGAGCUUCAGGGCUCCUGAGUUGUGCAACAGUUGCCUAUGCUUCUGAUGAGGCUGAGCAUGGAUUGGAGUGUCCUAGCUAUCCAUGGCCUCACAAUGGCAUCCUUAGUUCAUAUGACCAUGCUUCGAUUCGUCGUGGUCACCAGGUUUAUCAGCAAGUUUGUGCAUCUUGCCACUCAAUGUCACUUAUCUCUUAUCGUGAUCUUGUUGGUGUGGCAUACACUGAAGAAGAAACUAAAGCUAUGGCAGCAGAGAUUGAAGUGGUUGAUGGACCAAAUGAUGAGGGCGAGAUGUUUACUCGCCCAGGGAAGCUGAGUGAUCGUUUUCCUCAGCCUUAUGCUAAUGAGCAAGCAGCAAGAUUUGCAAAUGGAGGAGCCUAUCCGCCUGAUUUAAGUCUUAUCACCAAGGCCCGCCAUAAUGGUCAGAACUAUGUAUUUGCUCUUCUAACUGGGUACCGUGAUCCUCCUGCUGGCGUUGCGAUUCGAGAAGGGCUGCACUAUAAUCCUUACUUCCCUGGUGGAGCUAUAGCCAUGCCUAAAAUGCUUAAUGAUGGUGCUGUUGAGUAUGAAGAUGGUACCCCUGCAACCGAAGCACAAAUGGGAAAAGAUAUGGGUUUCAAAUGGAUUUUUGUACUGUCACUCGCACUUCUCCAGGCCGGGUAUUACAGACGCUUGAAAUGGUCAGUUUUCAAGUCCAGAAAGUUGGUUCUUGACGUAGUCAACUGAAACUUGAAGUUUUCUUACACCAUGGAGUUGAUACGAGAAGUAUUGUUUUACUUAAUUGGCUUGUACUUAAUAAAAAAUUUAACCACCUUAUAACUAAUGUAUGAUGCAAAUUUCUGUAAGGAGUCCAACUAGUAUUUCUUCCAAGGAAAGAUUAGUCGUGUCAUCAUGAGAGUUAUGUAUUAUGCACUUGUGUCCUGAUAAAGUUGCAACUUCGUAAUUUUAUGUUCCAAAUGUUCUGAAUUUAGCUUG